AUGCCUUUCGCACCUGAUGAUCUUAGCGACGCCAGCAACAAAGCAUCGGCUGUCUCCCACCAGAUCUUCGAGGAGGCGGGAGCCGGCAGUAGCCGCUCUGACUGGACGCCUUUGUUUAAGCAUGAGAUACGAUUCGACCCGGUCAUAUUUGACCAGGUGAUGCUAAAUUUGAUCCGCAACCCGAAUAUCAACUCCUCCUGGCUUUUUCGAGCCGACAUUCUGCUGGACCAGGUCGCUGGCUCAGAAGUCUCUGAUGUUUCGUUCGACGGCCAGCCACCGGUCCCAGGCUUCUCAGGGCUCAAGGAAACCCGGCGUUUAGUUCGUCGGAUGAUCCCUCGCAAUGAGCUGCGAGAUAAGCCUCUCGAUCAGACCUGUGUCUUUUACCAGGGUUCCACGCCGCAAGGCUUGCAGCGGUCUCUGAUCACUUACCUUCCACACUCUAAGUCAGAGUCUGAUAUUCCCUAUUAUCAUCCAGCCGUGCGAGGCAUCGCCUUUCUGCAUGAUUGGGAUCCGGGACAUUCUCGUGGCACCAUCUCUAUCAGCUACUGCCUCUUUGAUGGGAGCGAGCGAGAUGAGAAGCUCUCGAGGACGGCACUCAACCUGCUGAGGGUUUUGCACAGGCACGGCCACGGCCAAGCGGAUGGCUAUAAAAAGCGUGUUCACCACGAUGUACUGGUUCCACAGGUGGCACUUCAGAACAGGUACGCUACUUUGAAAAAGAAGUACGCUCGGUCCCUUGUUGAGGGAUGGGAGGAGGUCACUGACCCCGGCAAACAUGUCUUUGAGGAUAUCUGUAUUGCGGCCUUCCUCAUCGAACUGUGGGAGGAAAUGUACAAGGACUCCGAGUUCCCUGGCUGGGUAGACAUUGGCUGUGGCAAUGGCCUCCUCACCUACAUCUUGAACAGUGAGAACUACCCUGGAUGGGGGUUCGAUGCGCGGGCAAGAAGGUCAUGGCCAAAGUACAGCACUGAAGUCCGAGUCCGGAAUCCAACCGACAGCUUUGUAGAGCGACAGUCAUUGGAGACACGCGUACUCCUGCCAUCUGUCGUGGGUGGUGCGCAACCAGGCGGCGAGGAUAUGCCCCAUGAUGGGUUGAUCCACGAUGGAGUCUUUCCUCCCAAGACAUUCAUAAUCUCGAACCACGCCGAUGAGCUCACACCGUGGACACCCAUCCUGGCGAGACUCUCGGACUGCCCAUUCAUCAUGAUUCCAUGCUGUAGUCACAACUUGACAGGUGCCAGAUUCCGCGCUCCACCACCAAAGGACAAGGCAGAGUCACCAUCCGCGUACAACUCCCUUUGCGCCUGGGUUGUUGAGAUCGCAAAGGACUGUGGCUGGAAGGUCGAGAAGGAGAUGCUGCGCAUCCCAAGCACGAGAAACACAGCAUUUGUGGGUCGAAGCUUGGCCGAAAAUGCGGAUUUCGAUGUGCAGGCCGUCUUGGAGAAGUAUGGCGGAACGCAAGGGUUCUACGAGAACGUCAUCAAGCUGCUCAAGGCAUCGGCUCGCGGUCACUAG